GUGUUCAGCGAUACACAAUGCUGUGAUUACAGGGGUAGUAGCCUACUCCGAAUGUUAAAACUGUUUAGAGUUGGCCUUUAUAUCAUCGCCCUUGUUGCAGCUGUGCUGGAUCUAACCUAAUAGGGAUAUAAUUGCGCUGUUUUUAAAUAUACGUUUUCGGUAUUCGUGAUUCAAUUGCAUUAUGGAACAAAAAGGACGUCAUCCAUGGCGACAAAGAAGACCGUUUGCUUUCUUUGUGUUCGCAUUCACGAUGCUUCUUGUGGAGACAUCCGGCCAGAUCAAAUAUUCUAUAUUUGAAGAAAUUAAAGAAGGGACCGCAGUAGGGAAUAUCGCUAAAGACCUCGGACUGGAUCGGAACAUGUUGAAACAGAGGAGAUUUCGCAUUGUAUCGAGUGCUACCGAGCCCCCUUUCCUGGUAAAUCAAAAUGAUGGCAUUUUAUACGUGAACCAGAGCAUAGAUCGCGAGAAAAUUUGCGAUCGGGUCAGUGUUUGUUUGAUUAACCUCAAGAGCGUGCUGGAAAACCCUCUCGAGAUCCAUUAUGUCGCAGUGGAAGUGUUGGAUGUAAAUGACCACUCGCCACUUUUUCCAGAGGAAAAGAAAACAAUAGAGAUUUCAGAGUCAUCCUUACCAGGAGCAAGGUUCCAAUUACACGCUGCCUGGGACCCAGAUGGGGGGAUACAUUCUGUUCAACAUUAUAUGCUCAGUGCAAAUAAUCAUUUUAGGUUGGAGGUGAAAGAUCGCGGGAAGGAGGGUAAAGUUCCUAUUUUGUAUUUGCAAAGCCCGCUUGACAGAGAAAAAUCUAGUUUUCAUAAUCUAUUACUUACGGCAACGGACGGUGGGAAGCCUGCCAGAACAGGGACGGUGGAAAUACACAUUGAUGUGUUAGAUGUGAACGAUAAUAUGCCUGUUUUCACAAAGGAGGAGUAUUCUGCGUCUUUGAACGAAAACUCCCCGAUUGGCACCACAGUCCUUCAAGUAAAUGCCACGGAUUUAGAUGAAGGCUUGAACGGCGAAGUUAUAUAUUCGUUUGGUAACGUCAAAAAUAAGGUCCGAGAAGUGUUCGCCGUUGAUCAGAUGACAGGCGAAAUAACAGUGAAAGGCAGUAUGGACUAUGAAAUUGAGGACAGUUAUGAGAUUGAUAUUCAAGCAUCUGACAGAGGAGCUGUACCAUUCAGAACGGAUAAAAGCGUCAGCAUUCAGGUUGUGGACCAAAAUGACAAUGCACCAGAAAUUGACGUGACCUCGUUGUCUAACACAAUUUCCGAAGAUUCUAGACCAGGAACCACGGUAGCAUUAAUAAGCAUAACGGAUUUAGAUUCCGGAAUCAACGGAAAAGUUACGAGCCUUGUAAGCGGCGAUGUGCCUUUCACACUCGCACCUUCCAUUCAGGACAACAUGUACGCGGUGGUCACAAAGUCCCCGCUGGACAGAGAGAAGCAGCCCUUCUACGACUUAACAAUAGUGGCCAAAGACGCAGGGAAUCCACCCCUGUCCUCUGAGCUUACAUUAACAAUCGCUGUCUCAGACGUCAAUGAUAACAAACCUGAAUUUUCCCGAAACCUUUAUACGUUCUACCUUAAUGAGAAUAACGCCCAGGGGACAUCGUUGUUUUCCGUGACGGCGACGGAUCGCGACGAAGGAGAAAACGCAGUUAUUACGUACCAUAUCAUAAGAGACGGUAGCACUGACAGUAAGAUAACACCAAUUCUAAACAUUAACCCCGAAAAUGGAGAUAUACAGGCGCUUCAAAGUUUCGAUUUUGAAAAACUGAAAAUGUUCAAGUUCCUCGUUCUUGCCUCGGACGGAGGGAUCCCAAAAAUGAACAGCAACGUCACAGUCAACGUGUUCAUUUUGGAUCAGAACGACAACGCUCCAGUUAUCUUGUAUCCACUCAGCUCCAAUGGUUCUGCUGAGGGCGUUGAGGAGACGGCGCGUAACAUGAAAGCAGGCCACCUGGUGACUAAAGUGAGAGCCUAUGAUGCCGAUGUGGGAUACAACGGCUGGCUGUUGUUCUCUUUCGAGUUGGUUACGGACCACAGUCUCUUUGGUUUGGACCGCUAUACUGGACGGAUAAGAACACUUCGCUCAUUCACAGAGACAGACGAGGCUCAACAUAAACUGGUCAUACUGGUCAAAGACAAUGGGAACGUGUCACUCUCAGCAACAGCUACUGUGGUUGUCAAGCUGGUGGAGCCCAAAGAGGCCAUUUCAGCUUCUGAUGUGAAAAGUGUUUCAAAGGCAGACGAUGAGAGCAAUGUGACUUUUUAUCUGAUGAUAACUCUGGGCUCUGUCUCCGCUCUCUUCAUCGCCAGCAUCAUCAUGUUGGUUGUGAUGCAAUGCUCCAAACCAAGGGAACUUAGUGCUGCAAAGUAUUUACAAGAAACCAACUAUGAUGGAACUCUGUGUCACAGCAUCCAGUACAGAUCUGGAGAGAAACGCUACAUGUUAGUUGGACCCAGAAUGAGUAUGGGAUCUACUAUAGUCCCGGGAAGCAAUGGGAACACUCUGGUGGUCCCUGACAGGAGGAGUACAUCGGAUGAGGUAAGAUCAAUGAGAUAUUGAAUUGUUUGAUUGUGUUGCUUAUUUUGA